GAUAUUAGGAGUCGGCAGUUCUAUCACUCUCAAACAUUGCAGCCAAUGACUCUGGAAGAAGUACUGUCUGAUGCGGACAGCGAUAAUGAAGAUGAUCAAGAAUUUAAAGAUUUUCAAGAACGCAUGAAGAUUGAUCGGUUGGUGGAUGCCAGCGAUGAGGAGAAGAGAUUUAUGUGGCUUUGGAACACAUUCAUUAGAAAGCAAAGGGUGUACGCGGAUAAACAUGUUCCUUGGGCAUGUGAAGAGUUCGUAAAACUUCAUGCGAAAGAGCUGAUCACUCCUAAACUUCUCUGGCAAUGGAGAAUGUUCGCAGUUGAUACGCUGUGUUUAAAAUACGGUCUGAUAUGCGCCAAGACCAUGGACAAAUGCAGUAUCAUCCUGCAGAAGGCACAGGAAGCAGAAGAAGCACCAGAAGAAGCUGCUGCAGCAGCAGAAGUGGCGGCGGCAGCGGCAGAAGCGGAGGCAGCAGUGGCGGCAGCAGAAAAAGCAGCAGCAGCGGCAAAAGUGGCAGCAGAUGCAGCGGCAGCAAAAGCAUCCGCCGCUAAAGGCACAAGAAAAAGCGCCAGAACGCAAAAGAAGAGAAGCAAGAAGCAGCUUCCUCUUCUAAAGCUAAUGCUAAUGGCAACGAGCCACAGCCAAUGGAACUUGAUGAAGAACAACAUUAGCCAGAUCUUCAUUUCUGAACUGAGAGAUCCAAACUAUUUUAAAACUCCC